UGCGACGAGUGAGGAGGAAAGGUGAGCAGCAGCUAGAUAAAGGUCCAUCUGGAAUUCGGGAUUUGCCUCAUGUGUCAUUGAUGCUUGGUGUUUGGCUAUGUUUCUUGUGUUGAGUGUCAAUUUCGGAUCUUGAUCUUGCAUCUGACUCGUUCCACGGAUUUCGGCCUGCCCGAACAUGGAGGUUUUUCGGAAAGUCCGGGCGCUUAGACGUCGUCCUGAGAAAAUCGUCGAGGAGUCCCUAUCCUCCGAUUGUGGGGCGUUGCACCUGCAUCACCCAGCUUGGUAUGGAAGGCACGCCCAGGAUCCGGGGAACCCCGCGCAUCACGUGAAUCUCAUCUCGUAUGAGGAUCUCCAGUCCCUGUCAUCGGCCGAUUUGGGACUGAGCUUGUCCGUGAUUCGGCCCAAUACCCCUUCAACGGCAUGUUCGUCUUCCCAUCGCUCGGACUCGCCCUCUGAGGGCCGGGGCAGUCGGCUCAAAUGGACCAACCCCUUGCCGCCUUUGGGACAGAUCAAGUAUGUGAAAGGCCCAGUGCCCAAGUUGAAGGUCCGGACAUCGCAGAGUGGUGAGAAGAAAAAGAAGAAUGCGAAUGAGGUGUUUCGAAGCAACAGCUUCCGUUUUGAACGAUAUGAUCAGCCCAGUGAUUCGUUGUCUCAAUCGGAAUCCGACCUGAGAUCAGGGAGGCUCAGCGGAAUAAAUCAGGUUCAAGUCAGUGAGGACUAUGACAGUCCCAAAGAUCUGGUCAAUCGACUUCCUUUAGUCCUGGAGGAGUCUCCACCACACUCCCCUUCCUUGACUUCCCGAUAUGGCGCCAGUUCCAGGAUUUCAUCAAAUUCAUCCUUUGAAAAAACCAGUGGCAAUAGUUUUCCUUCGUCCGAAUUACUUUUGGAAUUAACCUACAGUGAUCCCAAGGAUUCCAAAUUGUACACGGAGCCGGGUGUGGAUCCCGAGGGAGAAGAUCUCAUCUACAAACUCUAUGUGGGAGGAGAGUAUUACUACUGUCGACCAUAUCGACCCAAUUAUUCCGCAGCAUUUCCCAAUCGUCGCCGAGAGUUCAAUGGGUUGCCCGAGACCAACGUGGACGCUUCGGUUUACGAGGACGUGGGCAAUAACGACAAUGCAACUUCGGCCCGGGACUGCGUCACUAUCAUCUCAGUCUCACCGGCCACGCCCCAAGUCAUCAUGUCCGGCCUGUCCUCCCCCAGCCCAACUGAUAGCGGAGGGCGGGACACCACCACCAUCGGCAGCGAAACUUCAAGUGAUCGAGGCAGUUUCACCAUUAACUCGAUUCGCCGAUGUCACGGUGCUAAGUGCAAUUGUCGGAAGUCCCCGUCCACGAAUUCGACGACCACGGGCCAAAAAUGUCAGCAGCACUCCAUGGAGCCUCUCUACGAGAAUCUGGACUUCCAUCGCGUGAAGAUUAGCAUUCCGGGCUCCAAGCCGGUCAUGCUCCAUGAUCACCAUCAUUCUCAGUACAUGGGCUCGAAACGACACUUGCCGCCCGUGAAUUCGAGGAUCGUCCGGGGUCAGCGGGUCAAGAACAAACGACCCAUCUCGGGCGAGACCAUGAACGAGUCAGACCGGAAGCGCUUUGAAAAGUUCGGCUACUCCUCGAACGAGGUGUGGAACUGGCUUUACAUCGAAGACGAAUUGGCAUUGCAAGGCGCCCAAGCCGGUUCCAAAAGAACUUCGAAUAUUAUCCCGGAGCAACUCAAGGAUCUUUACUCAGUCCCGACCAAGACCCAUCGGUCACAGACCCUCAAAGAGCCCGAGGCCAAUGGUCAGAUUGAAAGCGAUCUGACCAAAACGGUCGAAGUCCAAUUCUCUCCCCAGGAGUUCUUCACGGCUUCUUCUCGAUUAGCCCAUCUUGACCUAGACGGCUUUGAGACGUUUGUGGGCAACACGCUAGAAAAAGCCAUCGCGAAAAAGCAAAAGGAAAAACACCGACGAGCCCGAGAGGAGGCUGCAGCCGCAGCCGCAUCCAUGUCGCCCUCGACCGGGCAGGAGUCCAACUCUCUCUACGACACGGCAAGAACUGUCACCAUCACUGAAGUACCCACCCAUUCUCCUCUGGACGUUCGAAUGGAGUCCAUUAAGGAGUCAGCUCCCAACCACAGCAACACCACCAACCACAACAACAACAAUAAUAAUGAUAACAACACUAGCAACAACAACAAUAACAGUCAGGCGAAUAAUAGAACCACGUGUCAAACUUGCAUUGCCUCGGGCGAAAGCUCCUGCUCGUCGGCCCUCUCUAGUCUGGAAUCGGUACGAUCCCAUGGAAUCCGAAGUAGUAGCGUGUCCGGAUGCUCAGAGACAUUGGGGUCGGAACUUGUCAACUCGGUGAACCGCUCGAACAACAGCAUCUCCGCCCAAAAUGGUCACCCUGCUCCAAUCAAACCGGCCCGAACUCGUCCAAAUCAUUCUCAAUCCAGUUCUGAAACGCUCACGCAUUCAACGAAGCCGUAUCAAAUCCUGGAGAUGAGCAACAGACAAGGCCUUGAAGAUACACUCAGACCCGGGCAGAAUGGCAAGGACCUACCUGAGCUUUACGAAUCGUCGUCAGAGUCAUCCUAUUCCAAGUAUAUCCCCAUGUUUGGAAGUGUCAAACCCAUUCUGAUUGAUCCCCAAGUCCCGUUGGAUCGGCAAGAAUGGUACCAUGGAUCCAUAACGAGGGUGGAAGCGGAGAACGUAUUGCGUCUUCACAAAGAAGGCAGCUAUCUGAUCAGGAAUUCAGAGUCCUCCAAACUAGAUUACUCCUUGUCAGUCAAGUCCUCCCACGGAUUCAUGCACAUGAGAAUCCAGCGGGAUUCCACGAGUGCGAAGUUCAUCUUGGGCCAGUUUAGCAAACCAUUUCCGUCGGUUCCCGAGAUGGUAAACCACUAUUCGAUGAACCGCCUUCCCAUUCGCGGGGCCGAACACAUGUGUCUGUUGCGUCCGAUCUGUGAACAAUUGCUCUGAGAACGCCAGUCAGUCAUCAUUCAUUUGAGAAGAAGUACUGCUCAAUCAAAAUCAACACCAACUACACCUGCCAUAAUAAAAGUAAAUGCUCGAUCUUGUGAUAUUUGUAAGCUGCCCGACCAACCGACUGACCGAGAGGCUCUAUCGGCAUUCGGAUGAGAUUCAAUGUGCUCAUGUGAAGAAGACAUGAAAUACAAACAAACUCACCUACUCUGUUGGCCCAACCACGGAUGAUUCCAAUUUUGGUCAUCUUGGCAAUCCGCCGUUGGGUUGUUCUUUGACUCACAAAGAUUGCCACGCAAAGACAACAGGCGCGGUUCAGGCUUGGUGUGUAGGAUUAAUGGGAUUACACUGGAACCCUUGAAAGCGUGGUGAUCUAUCAAGAUGUUAUAAGGUAUCCCUGAAUGAUAUGUACUACUUGUUGCUUGACUUUGUUUAGAG